CUCUGACGUUGAGGAUCAUCUCGCUGGGUGAGGAGGCAGGCCGUGAGCAGAGAGCUUGAGACAUAAACACUAAGCCCUUUCAAUAUUCCUCACAGCCCCGUGCAGAGAGAGAGAGAGAGAGAGACACACACACACGCACACACACACGCAGAGAGAGCGAGACUGUGAGUGAAUUCAAUCGCCAGCCGAGAAGGAUGGGACGGAAAACAGAACUGCACGAUUCAGUGUUCGGGGAGCCUCGAAGAUUUGAUCCAACAUUCAAAGGACCAAUUCACAGCAGGCAUUGUACAGAUGUCCUGUGCUGUGUGUUAUUUAUUGCAGUAAUCCUCGGCUACAUUGCUCUGGGAGUUAUUGCUUGGGUCCAUGGGGAUCCCAGGAAAGUGGUGUAUCCCACAGAUAGUCGUGGCCAAUUUUGUGGACAGAAGGGAACCGCCAAUGAGAACAAGACCAUUUUAUUCUACUUCAAUAUCCUUAAGUGUGCAAGUCCUGCAGUCCUUAUAAAUUUGCAGUGCCCAACUAAACAGGUCUGUGUUGAGAAAUGUCCAAACCGAUUCGCCCGUUACAGCGACAUGAAAUCUGCUUUCAGCUGGAACAAAACUUAUUGGGAGUAUUACCGGCAGUUUUGCCAGCCUGGUUUCAAUACACCUCGGAAGUCUGCUGUCCAAGUGAUCCGAGAUGAAGAUUGUCCAGCAAUGAUUGUUCCCAGCCGACCAUUUCUUCGUCGUUGCUUCCCCGACUUCACCACCAAAAACGGAAUACUGACAGUGGCCAAUAGAACCACCUUCAAAGAUGGCUUCGGUAAAACCCGCAAUGUGACUGACCUUCGGGACGCAGCCAACAAAGUGACUACCAUCCGUCAUGGAUCCAAGAGAGGAAUAAAUCAUGUCCUCGAUGCCAGGGAGAUUUGGAUGAAGAUAUUUGAAGACUACACCAAUUCCUGGUACUGGAUUUUAAUUGGGCUGGUCAUUGCCAUGGUCGUAAGUUUAGUCUUCAUCCUCUUGCUCCGCUUCACAGCUGGGGUCUUGUUCUGGUUUGUCAUCUUUGCUGUGAUCGCAGUGAUUGGUUACGGAAUCUGGCACUGUUACUGGGAGUACAGCAGCCUGAAGGGCAAACCUGGUAGUGACAUCCCAAUCUAUGACAUUGGUUUCCAAAUGGACCUCAGGGUUUAUCUACAGCUCAGGCAGACGUGGCUCACCUUUAUGAUCUUUCUCUGCAUUAUUGAAGUGAUCAUCAUACUGAUGCUGAUUUUCCUACGAAAAAGAAUCUGUAUUGCAAUUGCACUGCUCAGGGAAGGGAGCAAGGCCAUAGGAUACAUCAUGUCCACUCUAUUCUAUCCCAUCAUUACCUUCUUUCUCCUGGCCAUCUGUAUUUCCUAUUGGGCUAUUACAGCUAUAUUUCUGUCAACUUCCGGUGAGGCGGUGUACAAAGUGAUGACCAAUCGGGGUCAUUGUAUAUAUGCAAAUAGAACAUGCAAUCCUGAGACAUUCAACACCAGCAACAUCACCAAGUUGUGCCCAGGUGCUCAAUGUGCCUUUGCUUUCUAUGGCGGAGAGAGUGUUUAUCACAAGUACAUCUUCAUCCUUCAAAUCUGCAACCUCUUUGUCUUUCUGUGGCUGGUGAAUUUUGCCAUUGCGCUGGGACAGUGCACACUGGCUGGUGCCUUUGCUUCCUACUACUGGGCGUUCAAAAAGCCAGCAGAUAUACCGAGCUUCCCUCUGCUGGCUGCAUUCGGCCGUUCCCUGAGGUACCACACCGGCUCCCUGGCCUUCGGCUCCUUAAUUCUCGCCAUCAUUCAACUCAUAAGGAUUAUUUUGGAAUACUUGGAUAAUAAGCUUAAGGGUGCACAGAACAAGUUUGCCAAGUUCCUGUUUUGCUGCCUGAAAUGCUGCUUCUGGUGUCUGGAAAAAUUCAUCAAAUUUCUUAACAGAAAUGCGUAUAUAAUGAUCGCCAUAUAUGGGAAAAACUUCUGCACAUCUGCAAAGGAAGCCUUCUUCUUGCUGAUGAGGAAUGUGGUGAGAGUGGCCGUGUUGGAUAAAGUGACAGAUUUCCUGCUCUUGUUGGGCAAGUUGCUAAUAGUUGGAGGUGUAGGAGUUCUGGCUUUUUUCUUCUUCACACACAGGAUAUCGAUUGUUGUGGAUGAAGCCCCAUCAUUAAACUAUUACUGGGUCCCUCUGGUGACGGUGAUAUUUGCUUCCUAUCUAAUUGCACAUGGUUUCUUCAGUGUCUAUGCAAUGUGUGUGGAUACACUGUUCCUCUGUUUCUUGGAAGAUUUAGAGAGAAACGAUGGAUCGGCAGACAGGCCAUAUUUCAUGAGUAAAGCGUUGAUGAAGAUUCUGAACAUACGGAAUCGAGCGGCUGAAGAUGAGAAGCAGAGCCGUUGAAACCUGCCACAGGGACACACCCUUAUCCAUUAGCAAAAGGCUACAUCAACAACAAGUUAUAUUUGUACAGCACACUUAACAUAGUAAGCCACCCCAAAGAGCUUCACAGGAGCAUUGUCCAUAAUUUGAUGUAUCCAAGUUAUUUUCUGUUUUUGAGAAGAUUACAGAAAGGCAAUUUCUAACAAGCACCACAAGCCUCUUCUUCCUGAGAGUUUAGUUUGGUUUAGUUAGUAGCACUUCUGUGUGAGUCAGAAUGUUUGUAGGUUUGAGGCCCACUCAAGUACAUACUCACACUGGGACUCAGCUUGAUGGGUACAUAAAGCUGACACUCCCUGAAUAGCCCGGCUCUAAUUUUAAGAUCAUGCCCCUUGUUUUGGGGCACCCUCACCCUCAUCAAUUGUGGCAUCGCAUCUCUAUAGAUGCUGACUUGACUUUGAUCAGUUACCUUGGAAAUUCAACGCUCGUGUGCUUUUUGCACACGGACUCGGUAGUGUUUGUGUCAAUUAACAUUUGCCUUGAAGUGUUGCAGAUAGGGUUUUAACACUAAUACACUAACUGAAAACAGUGCGGAGAGGGAAUCAAACCUCUCGAGAGGUUCAUCCCGAUAUCAUAGUGAAAGGGGUGGCAUUCAUUGGUCCCCACCCAAUCUCACACCCAUACAAUUGGGAGAGGCAAAAAUACUAAAGAAAUUCCCAGGACCAGUAACAGAAAAAAUACUCGGGAAAAUGUCCUUUUUAACACUUUGAAGUAGCUAAAGUCAGCGCGGGUGAUCACUGGGACUGUGUGUUUUCUAUAAAGAUCUACAUGAUAUGAUCUCUGCCCCAGACAGAAACCGAUCCAACUCCCUUUUGAAGGUGACGCGAACACCUCACCAGCCAGAAACACAUUCCAGAAGCUUCCUACUCCCUAGGAAAUGGAAGGCCCACCCAACACCCAAUCUGUUCCUAUUCUCAUACAGUUAAAUUCCUGCCUCCUUCUCCUCCUCAGUCAGUUAAACUAGAAUAAUUUAUCAAUAAGUUAAUCUAUCCAGACCUUUCAUUAUUUCAUAUUCUUCCAGAAAAUAACACCUAAGCAUCUUACUGAUUGGGGACAUGGUGUGUGGUUGCCAUGACAAUAGAAGACUCAGGACCCAUCUGGUUCACCUUCGAUUAUCCUGGUAAUCAUAUGAUCCAAUGAGAAUUGAGUUAUUGACCAAUCACGGUGAUCAAUCUCUAUCAGUGUCUCUAUCAGACAUG